AUGCCAUCGGAGGACGACAUCAGAACUUUCCCGGAUGGGUCAGCAGAAUCCAUGGCUGGGAUCAACUAUUUACAUACAGGUGCUGAUAGAACACAUCAAUGGCUCGGUACAUCCACGAAGAAGGACAAGCGCAGGAGAAAGUCGAUCAAACUCUCAAUAAGUGCUCCCAUGGCGAAAUCGCCCAUGUCAGCAAUUACCGAGCAGACAGAGUCCGUACUACAAGGCACUCCUGAUCCUGUUGAAAUGCCUACCCACACCACCCCCAAGGCAACGCCAGAAAAGAUUGUGAUUCCAGUUGAGCCACUGCCUAUACACAGGGGUCAUGCACCACAAAGAUCAGGUGAUAACUUGAUGGACAUGUACGAACGAAACCACGAUCGCACUUCCAUAAAGGUUCAUAAUGCCAACCCGACCAUAUUGAGAUCGUUAAGUAUGGGCAGCAUCACAUCCCCUCCAGAUUGUCCUCUUCCUCCUGUACCGGAGGGCAGUGUUCUGCGGCAGGAACAAGGACGAACCAUGUCGAGGUCAAAGUCGGAUCUAAGCACAGACUUUCGCAAGCUUUCGUUACUCAAUUCGCCACUGGAUUCGAAUCAGCUAAAGGCUCAACGUCCGCGCCUCCCCGCAGCUCUUAGUUCGCAUGCACCGAACAGUGGCUUCGCAGGCUUCAAUUUCGGACUCAGUGACGAGAAUUUACAAGUAGUCAAGGUUGUGGAGGAGCACGACAAUUCAACGAUAGCACGACAGCUUACUUCACCUACGUUCUGCAUUUCGCGCCAAACUUCGCCAACCAGAGCAUCAGGCACCAACUUGAGGACUAUAGAUGCCAGCAGCUGGAAUGUUCCUGAAGGCUACAAGCAUGUGGCGCCUCCAAGAACUAUCUACACCGGUAGUGAGCCGGAACUAGACAGUCGUCCUGUUUCAGCAAUAUCAGCCAGCUCGUUCAUCGCUCGUUUUGAUCCACAGAGCGCGCCUAGCAGUUUACAUAGCUCGCCAUCACGUCCAGUAUCGGUAUCAAGUGCCGAUUUUUUCCGCCUAUCUGUCAUUGGUCCGCAUGCGCCAGAUCUGGCACCUGAUAGCCCUCGUACCCGCGGACACAAGCGACAGAACUGUGUACGCAUCAGCGGCUUGACCCCGAUCGACACAACUAAGAAGAGGUUAAGCUCGCAGCUGCAUCGAUUGGCAGAAGCGGAGGAAGACGAUGAGGACAACAGAAGUUUUGGCAUCGAAAUCCCGACUAUCAGCCCAGCUAGGCCAAAGACUCAAGAAAGCCCUGCUCGUGAGGAGAAGACUCACAAAGACAUGAUCUUAGAGGUGCCAACACUCAGACAACCGCAAGCGCGUUCUUUGAGGAUCAAGCGUCCAGGCCUACUGAAUCGGGAGGGGACUGCAUCACCUUCACCUACGAAAAGAUGCGUUACCAUGUUCCCCAAUCAGAUUCAGCCCGAAGAACCAUCACAGUCAGUUCAGUCACCUCUCGAGCGUCCCCUAAAUCCACUUACACGACCGAAAACUGCGGAGCCUAGAUUUGUGUACGCUGGUUCACCGUCUUCCGAUCCUACGAGAACCCUUCCAUCACCACAAGACUUUUCGCCUGUCUCGCCGCCAGCCGCCCUGAGGAUAAAACCAGCUGUAUUGCCUGUCGACACGCCCGAGAAAGUGUCCCAACCGGCAUCGCAGCCUACUCCAGUAGUGGCUUACUCACCAGCAUCUACCUCGAUACUAUAUUCUGCUAAUGCUUCGCCAGCACAACAGCAGCAUGACGAGGCCCCACCCUUACACGCACAGCCAUCAAGCUCGCCUCAAAGACAGAAGACUCACACACUUCAUGGACCACGUACAGCUCCGCCAACAUCCCUGCGUACUCGGAACACGUCGCGUGCAGCAACACGUCUGCGACAGACCUCUGAUCAGCGGUCUACUAGUCUAAUAAGGAAAGCUAGUCAAUCAAGACCUUCCGUCCCCGCAAGUUCACAUCAAGAUGAUCUGAGACGCAGCAUAGCGCUACUGAAAAGUCUUACUUAUGCUGCAGAGGCGGGUAAGGGUGGCGGUAUUCCUGAAGUCAAUGUGGUCAGAAGUCGGCGUAGCCCGAGUCUCGGCAACGAUACAAAAGAUGUCGCAAGGACGCCGAGCAGCCAAUAUGCUGACAGUCCAUUUCAGGCUGCACUACCAGCUCCCGUUACUCAGUUGAGAGGGACCAGGCAACGCAGUAAGACCGUCGGCAGCAGUGCGCCAUCACUACCUCCCCCAAGGCUCAGACCAGAGGCGACAUACCCACCUCAUGACAUGUCCAACGGCAACACAGGUGCGAAAUUUCCUCACUCGUCCAGCAAUAUCAGCAUUUGGGAAGAUGCAAGUGUCAAGGGUGAUAGUGAUAGUGAAAUUAAGGCAUCUAGACACGACGCCAGGAAUGGGCCGAGACCGUCUGUCGUCAAACAACACCAGCGUGCUCUAACCUCGCAUGCACUUCUAUCUGGCAGUGCGGUAUCUCGACCUGAUCGAAGCACACAAGUUGUCAAAGAGCCACUGUGGAAGCCUCAGCAAAGUGCGGAUAGCAUGAACGCCCGUGCUCUUGCAUUCAACAGCAAUACACGAACACCACCUACGGAUGGCAGGAAACAGGAGCAGAAGACUAAGCUGGAUGGCUUCUGGGGUGACAGAACACAAUCUCAAGCUCCACAUCACAGCCAGGAUACGUCAAUCGGUCACACAACAGCUGUAAAGACCAGGGCAGUAAGUGGUGUCAUGGGUCCUCGGCCACGUCAGAGGAGUCACACAGUCAGUGCUGCUCCCAGGGCACAACUACGAAACGAGUUUGCAGGAAGAAUGGCUGAAGGUGUAGGAUUAGGUGUAGAUUUCGGAAGAACUGGCCUCGGAGCUGGGAUGAACACAGUCAGCGAAAGAAGGAACGUGUUUCUAAAUGAAAUGGAAAGGGAUGGUAUUGGACGUCUACGCUAG